AUGAGUAAUUCCAGUUGUAACGAAAGCCAGAUGUCACGGUCCGACAAGACAAUAAUAACGACGGAAAUUACGGAGCCGAAACGGGUCGUCCCUCUCUUUCAAGUUGAAUACGACCGCAGCCUCUGUAGGCCUCUCGGGACAGUCACCGACUUCAGUAAAAUUGUAGAUCGCAAGCAUCGAUCCAGAAUAAGAGUCGCAACAAAUCUAAUGCCAACUUAUACGCCUUCGAGGAGCCCCUCCCCUAUAACUAUGGCGCCUAAGUCUCCAUCACCUUUCGCAGGAAAGCCAACACCAAUGAAGGUCCGUCAGCCACCAAAGCCAAAAAGUCUUGACGUCAGACAAAACGCUUUGACCAUCUUUGAAUUCUCAACAGUGUAUCCUUUCAUUUACGGGAAUAAUAAAUUUAAAUGCUUCAUCUGCUCUCAGCCGUUUCUAGAAAUAUCCCUACUUAGUUUGCAUAUGCAAGAAUCUCAUACGUUUGCACCAUUAAAAAGGUUGGUGAACAACAGAAGAGAAAACAUACUAAAAGUGGACGUUAGUGAUUUAACAUGCAAAAUAUGUUACGUAAAGCAGAAUAGUUUGACCGAUAUGAAAUCUCAUCUCAAGUUGGAGCACCAGAAACCAAUAGACCCCGAAAUGAAAGAUAACAUUAUUCCGUUCAAGUUGCAAGCGUCUGAUAAUGGGUAUAAAUGUGUGAUAUGCGACCAGAACUUCAUCAAAGUACGAAUACUCGUUAUACAUAUGAGCGUCCACUUCAAUAAUUAUAGUUGUGAAAUUUGCGGUUCCGGUUUUAUGACGUUAAGACUGUUGAAGAAGCAUUUGGAAGUGCAUGAAAGUGGUAACUUCCCUUGCGAACGUUGCAACAAAUCUUUUAGUACAUCGUAUAAAAGAAAUCUUCAUAUAAGAGGUGUGCAUAUGAAGCAGUAUCCUCGGCGGUGUCCGAUGUGCCCGGAAAGAUUUAACUCUAACUACAAAAGGACGAUACAUCUCCAGGAUGUGCACAAUCAGUCGACGAGGGUGCAUAAAUGUGAGACUUGUGGAAGGGCAUUCAAUCUGAAGUACCAUUUGAUAUGCCACACGCGGUCAGUGCAUUUACAAGAGAGGAAUCAACAGUGCGACAUAUGUCAUCAGAGGUUCUGUAAUAAGGAAACAUUGAAAAGACACAUGGUAGUUCACACAGAAAUCCCUCAACCAAGUGAUUCAUCGAUCAAUAUUAAAGACGAAGAUGACCACGAGAUUGCUUUGACAGUGUUCAAGAACCCGAUACCUCUUGAUGAUCUCAAACAGCAAAUCGAGGAGACAAAAACAUUAAAGAAACAAAGGAAGAAACUCAAAUUUCAACCUAAAAACCAGACGACUAAAGUCAAAUUCCAAAAGGAACCUAUAUCCCCCGAGGAUGUGAAAGAUUCUGAAACGAAAAAUGUAACUUUCAAUGCUCAAACAUUAAAAACUAGGAGAGCUAAUCUUAGAAUGGCAUGGAAACUAAAUGCACUAAACAUAUUUGCAAAUUCAUAUGUGUACCCAUUUAUACAUUCCGGUAACAAAUAUAAAUGUUUCAUAUGCUCAAAGUUAUUUCUAGACGCGAACUCAUUAAGAGAUCAUAAUUCAUUGCAUACGACCAAAGAAUUAAAACAAGAAAUGAACAAUAGAGUCAGAGAUACCAAUAUCAAAGUAGACGUCAGUAAUAUGCAAUGUAAGUUAUGUCAAAUUUGUUUACCAGAUUUCAAAGCUUUGAAGUCACAUCUGAAGGAACACGGCAUUAACGUCGAAUUAGAUAUACAAGAUAAUUUGAUACCUUUCAAACUGGGGCAGGAUGCAUUUGAAUGCCAAAUUUGCAGCGAAAAAUAUUUAAAAUUAAGAUUACUCAUAAUCCAUAUGAGUAAUCAUUUUAAUAAUUACAGCUGUGAAUUAUGUGGUUCAGUUUUCAUAUCCUAUAAUUUGCUCAAGAGACAUUUACAAACGCACGAAAUGGGCAGCUUUCCAUGCGAGAAGUGCGAUAAAGUCUUCAAUAACUCCUCUAAAAGAACUUUGCAUAUGCGGGGGGUACAUCUAAAACGACUGCCUAGAAGAUGCCCGAUUUGCCCGGAAAAAUUUAAUUCGAACUACCAAAGGACCAAACAUUUGAGAAUAGUCCAUAACCAAACCACUGGACUAUAUAAAUGUGAGAUUUGUGGGAAAGAAUAUGACCUGAAGUAUCACCUAUUGCUGCACAUGAGGUCUGUACAUUUGCAAGAAAGGAACCAGGAGUGUCCUAUUUGCCCAUCUCGGUUCUUUUCGAAGUAUUGCUUAUCUCGACAUAUGGUUAUACACACAGGCGAGAAGAAUUUUAAGUGCAAUUUAUGUGGGAAAGCGUACGCUAGAAGAAAAAACUUAAAGGAACAUUUAAAGUCGCAUGAUCUUGGAAGCGAGUGUACGGUCUGCGGACAAAAAUUUAACGAUGAGUCUUCGCUUGUGGCACAUGUAACUGAAAUUCAUAAAGAGAGAACAUAA